GAGAAAAAAUAUUACGGCUGAAAUUGGGUUAAUUAAGCUCAUCAACAUGGAAUAAUUAUUUUAAUUCAACUGUGGAUUAUAUUCUCCCAUCAAUUUAUGGAUUAAAUAUUAAAAAAAGAAAAAAAUGAGAAUCAGCUCAAUUUGAAUAAUCUAAUCGAAAAAGUAAUAAAUUUAUAAAUAGUGAGUGGAAUUAAAAAAAUACAAAUCAUUCCUGAAUUAUUAACAGAGGUACCAUCAACUAAGAAGAACAUAUAAUUCCUUUAUUAUUCAAGUGAGAAUAAAUAUUUAUGUAUGACAAACUAUUCAGCUUUCGAGAUUUGUAAAAGUGGGGUAAUUCCUGUUAUUAUUAUGAUGGGAUGAAAGGCAAUUGUGGGAAAAAAUAUAACAUAAAUUACUGAUGUGCUAAGUGGAAUGCUGUUAACGAAAUGAACAUAAAGUGAGAAGAAAAACAAACAUAGCAAACACAAUGAAACGGAUUAAAAAACAAAUCGGAUACUUUUUGCAUAUUUUAGUUUGCAUCAUCUUCAGUCGGCAAUUUGUGAAUGGGAAGUCAAUAGACAAUAGCCUCAUACAAGAAUACCAACAGCAUUUAGAAUAUGAUAAUCCUGCGUCCCUGCCGAAAUUUUUAUCCAGAGGACAAUCAUAUAGAGCUGUUAUAGGCGAUACGAUAGUUCUGCCAUGUGUGACUCAAGACUUAGGUAGAAAUAUUUUGCUAUGGCGUCGUGGAAGCUCUGUAGUGACUGCAUCAAAUCUUAUGAUUACACGCGAUCCGCGCUUCCGACUUCUUGACGAGUAUAAUCUGCAAAUUAAAGGGGUACGGCCACAAGAUGCCGGCGAUUAUAUUUGCCAAAUAGGAGAUCAAGAAAACAGAGACUUGGUUCACACGGUUGAGAUUCUCGUUCCACCAACAGUGAGAGCUCAUCCUGAGACGGGUCAUGUUACAGCCCGCAAAGGCAGCACCGUUACGCUUGAAUGUAAAGCAAGCGGCAAUCCAGUCCCAAGCAUAACAUGGGUGAAGAGGGAGCUUACAAGUGAAUCCCCCCAACUGGCCGAAGGUCCAUCGUUAACUUUGGAGCAUGUUGAACGCCAAUCAAGUGGAAUUUAUCGCUGUAUAGCGGACAAUGGCGUACGGGAUCCCGUUUCUAUAGACAUGCAGUUGGUGGUGCUUUAUUCAUUUCUACUCGAUCCCACUGACCGACGCUCGAUGGAUUCGAGAGGCGAUCGACACAUGCUCACAAUCAGAAACAUUCAAUCAUCAGAUUUUGGGAAUUACAGUUGUGUAGCUGACAAUGCAUUAGGCAGAGCGAAAAAAUAUAUCGAAGUUUCAGGACGACCCGGACCAGCACAAUUUCAUUCACCCCUUUACGGUCGUUCAAGAGAUGUUUAUAAUCUGACCUGGAGCGUUGAAAGUGUACCAAAGUUAGAUGAAAUAAGAAUUUUAUACAGAAAACUUAUGAUGAACGAGACUUAUCAGCAGCCCGGGAGAUGGCAUGAACUGGUUUUGACACCUCCCCAUGGUCGCAGCGAGUCAGCGCAUCAUUUUAUGACGUACACAAUAAGAGGCUUAGAAGACAAUUCUGUUUAUGAAGCUAUUGUUCAAGCCAAAAAUCAAUAUGGAUGGAACGAGGUUAGUGACAUUUAUCAAUUCUACACACAAAGUAACAGCUUGAUGAUGGGUGGAGAAGAAGUUGAGAUGGCUGUUCAAUCGGAAUUCAGUCACGGAGUUUCAAUCAUAAUAAGAGGAAAUCUCCAAAGUGUAAGCUUAUCUUUAGUUAUAGCAGAGCUUUUAAGGUUGUCAAUAUUUUCAUAAGAAUUGUGGGACACAUAUCGAAGUAAAAAUAGAAUUUUUUAAUUUCAGUUUACUAACUAAUUGUUUAUUUUCACCUUGAAUGAAAAAAGUUUGAUGAGAAUUGAUGUGUAUGAAUACUAAACUAAAAGAAGAAAUUAUUAGAAAUUAAGGUUUCCAAUCGAAGUAAAGUAAUUAAUUUAAUUUUUAUGAAGCUUAAGUGUGCCGAUGUAGAUAAGAAAUAUAUGACUGAUAUCUUUAGAGGAAAGCAACUAAAGGCACAAAUCGAUCGAUCGGAAAAAAAGUUUUAAGUUAAUUUUCAAUAACAUUUGGUUGAAAUGCCACACACCACUUCAAUAAUAUUUAAUUCAGCUAGAUAAUAUUAACAACAACAACCAACCAUCAAAUGAAUUAAUGUUUCUUUGUUACCGACCUAAAUAAAGUAAAUUGAGAACUUCAGAUCAAUUAUUGAAGUGUAAAAAUGCUGUAUAAAAAGUGUUCGUACAAAUAGAAGAAAUUGUUUGUUUUUCAUAGCUUUUAAGAGGAUUUUACUGUGUAAAUAUUUCGACAUGUACUUAGUUGAGGCCUAGCGAUUAACAUAUUUCCCUUACCUGAUGUUUGUGAAAGAAAGAAUGAAAGAAAGGAAAUAAAAAGUGGAAAAAAGGAAAAACAUUUUCAAUUGUGAGAAGAAUGUAC